GACUGACAUCAGUUAGAGGAACAAAAGAAACCUGAGAGUACUAGACAGCUGUUUCGUCCGACUAAUUAGUAUUGGACUCCACCAGGGAUCGAACCGGCGGCCUUCAGGCUCCGUGGCCAGCACGUUACAAUAGAGCUAGUCAAUGGGUCAGAAUCCAACGGUCGAUAUUUCCAACUUCAAUUAGCUCACGAUAUAGUGCAACCGCCACACAAUGUCAUCAAUCGAAGAUGGCAACCGCCCUCUACACUAUCAUAUUAUUUAUUGUAAAUGCUGUGGUUGGAAUUAUUGGAUUAUUUUUAACUAUAAAUGGUGGUUUAAUGGCCUGGUCAAAAAGUGUAGCUACACAAACAUUCGGUGAUAUAUGGAAUGUAUUCAUUAAUAAAACCAAUAUAACAAAUAAAUCAUCGAUUACACAUAAUAUUGGUGAUGCUGUCUUAAAUAUUAGCAGUAAAUACAGUGUAUUAAUAUUCGUUAUUGGUUUGAUCAUACUACUAAUAUGUGGUGCAGGUAUCAUUGGAACAUGCUGUAAAAGUUCACUUUGUCUAAAAAUUUAUAUGGGUGUCAUUUUCAUUGUUAUAUUAUCACAUAUCAUAAUACUGAUUGUUUACUUCUCAACAAAACAUAAUCCAAAAAAAUUCUUUAUUCAUCUUCUAAAUAAUUCAAUAUAUGAGUAUAAAAAUCUUAGUAGCGGUGAUCCAACCAGUGUUUUCAUGGGUCUUACUAUGAUCAAGUUCAAUUGUUGUGGUGUGAACAAUGGAAGUGAUUUCAAACAUUCAAAGAAAUUUAUCAACACCGAUACUUGGAAUAACAAAACAUAUACAUUACAAUAUCCGAUUCCAUGUUGCAAGUUUAAAGUAAACCUUGACAUUCUUAAUAUAAAUAAUGGAUGUCUACAUCCAUUACACAAUUAUGUGUUCCAUUAUAUUGAUAUCGCUGCCUAUGUCUCAAUCAUCAUUCUAUUAUGUGAAGUAAUAAUACUUCUGAUGGCUACUCUGAUAAACAAGGAAAAUUCUUCGGCAACUGCUUAA